CUAACAGACGCGGUAGUACCACUGUUACUGCAACACAUAAAUAUCACAUAGGAGAGCAAUUUGAGGGAAAGAGCAUUUUCGAUGUUUGUUUCCAAGACACUCAAACAUACAGCAAGACCAAUCCUUUUCAACCCAUCCGUUCUCAUAUCGCGCAAAAUGGCACAAGCAUCUCAGCCGGGAGAGAAUUUCGAGGUUCGACAAACGUCUGCAACCGAGGACUGGCAUCCAGAUCAAUCUAAGUCCCUUCCUUUGGACAAACCCAGACAGGCACUUGUCGAUGACAUUAUUGCUCUCUACAGUUGUGAACCAACAAUUGAAAGAGUCAAGAGAUACACCCCAGACUGUAUUUAUGAUGACCAGUUUGUGUACGCCAAUGACCGAUACAAAAUGGCUGGGCAAUGGUUCGCACUUCCAAAACUGUUCAAAGCCUCCAAAAAUGAAGGUUACGAAAUUGUUCGCAGUGACGACGAGGUCAUUCAAUUCAAAAAUGAACAGUCUUGGACUUUCAAAAUUAUUCCCAAGACAGCGACUAUCAACGCUUUGGUGACGCUCUCGUUGGAUCCAGAGACUGUCCAUAGUGACUUCAUCCGGGUCAAGUACCACAAAGACCAGGCAAAUGACAAAGAUUAUUCUCAUGAAGGACUUGGCUUUACUUUCAAGAAGUGGCAGGCUGAUCAGGUAGCGAAGCAUAUGGAUAGUAAAGACGUCGAGGCUUUCGAGGCCGACAAAACUGCAGGUAAGGAGCAUGUGAGAAAGUAUGGCGAUGGGAAGGGAGAUGCUCCGGAGAAGAACUUGUAAAAAUAAAUGCGCCUAAAGAACGACUCCAUGGCUUGAAUCUACUAAAGGCGUGAG